CUUCGACUGGGCCAAGAAGGCAUCAGCGGCGGCCUUCGUUGGCGCCAGCGUUGCCCCCGCGAAGAAGGAGAGCAGUGUCUCGCGCAAGGCCCUGGACCAGUCUAGCCGAUAUGCGGACCUGUCCCUGGACGAGGCGACCCUGAUCAAGAGACUUAGCUGCAGGUUGGCAUGGCUGCACGUGCUGGUUGCAUACAUCAUGAAGCCCAAGGCGGGCUACGACUACCUGGCCACCGCCGCUCACUUCGCGGCCGAGUCCUCCACCGGCACCAACGUGAACUACGGCAAGAUCUACGACUUCUACCUGCCCCCGGCUUUCCUGCGCCUGUAUGAUGGGCCCGCCGUGAACGUGGAGGACAUGUGGCGCAUCCUGGGCAAAGGCACCAGCAACGGUGGUCUCGUGGUGGGAACCAUCAUCAAGCCCAAGCUCGGCCUGCAGCCCAAGCCUUUCGGCGAGGCCUGCUAUGCCUUCUGGCAGGGUGGUGACUUCAUCAAGAACGAUGAGCCGCAGGGCAACCAGGUGUUCUGUCAGAUGAACGAGUGCAUUCCGGAGGUCGUGAAG